AUGACGCGUAUGGUCUUCCAAUCAGUCCCCAGAGCCAAAACGUCAACCUCGGGAAUGACGAAGAACCGUAAAAUCAAAGGAUCUGAAAAGUUUUUGGUGAGCUUUUCUGGUUUUUAAGUUUUGCGAACUUUUGAUGCAAUUUGCGAGAUUCUUAAGGUUCAUUAGCCUUUAAAAAAACUUUAACAUAUAUUUAUUUCUCGACCUCAACUUUUACAGACGAUCCUCUACUGGUACGUCGGAACUCCUGAUGUUACGAAUAAAUGUGUCGUUCGCGAGGUUUUUCUUCUUAAUAAAUUUGGGACUUGUGCUAACUUUACAUCAUUUCGCAGCUAACUUUUUUUGAGUAAUAAAAUUAUUUUUUAGCGAUUUCUGAACCGCGAGGUGACUUUUGAAGACAUCCACUCGUAUCUUCAAAAAGCUUGCAACGACAGCAGCAUUACGUUGCAUUACGCAGGUUUAGAAGGAAAUUAGUUAUUUGCGUGGAAAGACUUGAUUUUGAUCAAAAGUUUUUUGACUUUUACGAAGAAAGAAUGGAAGCGUUUUGCAAGAAAAAAUAGCUUGCUAUUACAUUUUUCCUAUUUCUUUAUAUUGGCAUCAAUUUGUCUUUUGAUUUAUAAUUCCUCAAAACUGAAAAAUAAUAUUUUUUGCAGUCAACGAUCAAUACGUCGAAAUAACCACCACCGGUCAAUUGCAAACGUUUCUCGAUUAUAUUCGGGACAUGGCCGGCAAAAUCCUUUAUGUUGAGGUUGUUUUUGAACGUAUUACUCUUUAGCUUGAUAAAUCAAGUCUUUCAUUUUUUUUUUCAACAAACCUAUCUCGGACCUUUAUUACGCGAAACGGACGCGAAUCGGACGUGUCGAGGCAUUACAAGUGACCACUUUAGUAGAGUCAGCGCUCUUAAGUGAUCCCUAGGAAUGCCUACAAGCACUUCGUUUCGCGUGGGAAUUUAUUUUUAGAGAUGAUACCUUUUCCAAUAACUUCAGCGUAGUUCUACCGUGUAAAUAGUUUCGCGAAGUUUGAAAUUAUCUCUGACCCUCCGAAUUUCAGUUGUCUUUCACUCACUAUGACGACCGUUUUGAAUUUCGCGCUCAUUUUGAACAAGUUUUUCUUUCACAGAACAAGGACUUUGUGUGGAAAGUGACGGACAAGAAGAAGGGCUCGAACUGCGAUUGCGAAUGCCAUUGCGACUACGACCCUACCGUAAGCAAGCGGACGACUUCCCAAGGCUGCGUCGACGGCGCCUCGCAGUGCGACUGCGCGUCCGAAUCCAAGUUUAUCUUGUACUCAUCAGGAAAAUAUGCCUCAGAGAAGAAAAACACAGUCAGAGAGCUACAGAGAUCUCUCAUAGACAUUUUUAGAAUCUAGAAGUAACAUUUUAAAGAAGCUGUCUUGAAAAAAAAUUGCGCGCAGGCCGCUAGGGUCGUAUCCAAUUUCAAUUUUUGAGUUUUGUUUUUGAUUUGAAGAUUGAAUGAUUUUGAUUUUUGGGAAAUCGGAGCUUUGAAUUGUUUAGCCAUGGUUCAAAACUUAACCAGGGAACGUUUUUUACAUCCCGGUUGAACUUUUGCUGGAACUUUGCUGAACGUAAAAAGUGGGUAAAAAACAUUUGCUCGUCAGAUAAACAUUUCAUGACAAAAAAUGCGAAAUUUGGACCGCUUCGCGGGCCGCGACGCGACUCCAAUGCUGGCCUGCGCGAGACUCUCCUUAAAAAUCCAGAGUUUCGGGUAUAGAAUGAAGAUUUUUCAGUAGUUUCAAACCGAAUUAGUUGUAAAAUGAAGAUGUUUUUUUUUCAUAGCUUGAUCGCAAAGUAUCAAUUAAUGGUUCUCGAACAAGACGAAAGCCACACGGUAGAGCAAAGAUUUUAAAAUUAGAUUAAUUUUUUUUUCUCGAAGGCCUAUUUGUGAGCUUCCGGCUUACAUUCAGAAACUUGUCGAAUUUUUAAAAAUCAAUGUUUUGAAAUUAUUAAAAUUUAACGAAAAUUCAAAUAGUUUUUCAGCGUCUCCGAUUCUUCCGAUGAAGACAGCGCGGCGGACGUUGCUCUGGGAAAUGAAGAGAACGAGGAAAUCAGUGAUUCUCAGAGUUGCAAGGUUCACUUCAAGGGAUUCUAGUAAUGAGAUGGAAAUUUGAUCAGUGUUUUACAGAGUAUAACUUUUCGAAAAGUAUUAGGAUCUUCUAUGAGUGUCAAGAUUAGACACGAGAAGAAGUUGCAUAUUCUUAUUUUCGACCUCCGAAAGAGCCAAGACCGUAAAAAAAGUGUCUAUCUUUUUAAUAAAUCUCAUUUUCGGCUAACAAUAUAAGAUGAGUAAGUUUAGGUGUUUGUGGACGACGCCACGGAAUCGGAAGACACGUCUUCUGAGCCCGGACUCAAUAAGUCAGAAGACGAUGAAAGUUCGGUCAGCAGUUCGGACACCAUGUCCCUCUUCAAGCCUGUCAAGGUUCGAAAAUCGAUGAAUUUCAUGUCAGCGUUUUUUGUUGUAGAAACCUCGCUGCGAGCCGACUUUCGUCCCGCAAAAGAAGGAAAUCUUGAUCAAGGCUGAGUAUACAGGUUGAUAGAGGGGUUUCAGUGGAAAAGAACAGAGAAAUUCUUGGUUUUUUAGUUUGAGUGUUUCGAAGUUUUCCGAGAUGAUGAUGUAUUUUUUUCCUAUGCGUCGGCUGGAUCCCACCCCGGGCCGUUAAAAAUGUUUCUUUUGCGUGCCAAAAGCGGGGACGGGAUCCAGCCGACGUAUGCUUUUUCCUCAAUUUCUACCAGUUUCAUAUUUUUAAAAUUGUCGUGUAUAGACCCUUUUGAGCUCAGUUUGCCAGUUUUGUCCUCGAAAUCGAAAACUUUCUGAGAAAUUCGGAAUUGAAUAAUCAUUUUGAAGUCUACCUUUUUCAUUCUCAGCGCCUCCGGAAAACCCCGAGGACUUUGAAGAAUUGUUCACGAACCUUCUCAAAGACGACGUCUCGUGCUUCGAUUUUGCCUCGUUUGCGGUCAAAGAAAUGGUCUCUCGACUGGCCGAUUUCGCCCUUGGAACUCUGAAGGUGGAAACCGGCGAGGAAAGCGCGCUCCAUGGAUAAUUGGCGUUGAAGGAAGCCAUUUUUCGCUAUUUUUUCCUUUUCUGAUCUAGGAAAUUAGUCUUGGAUACACAGGAAAAUUGAAGAAAAAACAUAGAGGAGAGUCUAAAUCUCUUAUUUUUGCACACUGUCUUGCUAAUCUUGUGAAGAACCUAAAUUAAGUUUUUUUUUUAGUGUUUGUAUCUUGGUAACGCAAAACGGACGUUUUUUUCUAGUGAUCACUUCAGUACUCUUAAAUGAUCACUAGGAAUAAUCAGAAACAUCCGCAGUACUAUAGCUGUUUCACGGCUGACUUGAGCCAUCGAAAAAAGGUCUUGAAACGAUAAGAAACGAGAUAGUGCCUGUUGGAUGGAGGGCGCAGACAGGUCACACUUUUUUGCGUCUCAAGCUAGCCGUGAAUCGACUAUACCAGUUUGAGUCCGAGUUGAAUCAACUCUAUCCAUGGAGCGCACUAUCACCCAAUAUUUCCUCAAAAAAUACGCUAUUUUAGCUGAGCUCGAGGGAACGGAGAACCCGAAACUUGAAAGGCAUCAACACCUGCUUCUUCGCCAUGAUGCAGAACCUCAUCAAGUAUUAUUGGCGACGCAAGAGCCGCCAUGACCAAUACGUGACCCUCCAAGACGUCGAAACGGCCGUCCUGAAAGUCGUGCAGAUUGUGCUGGAAGUCUGGGUCGAGGAAAUCGAGGUCUCAAAAUGAAUCCGUCGGCAAAAGCUUGUAGUUUGAAUGCGUAGCGGUCGCGCAGCGGCUCAGAAGCACCAGUUUUUUUUUUCCCAUUUUGAAGUCUCUGAAAACUCUAGAAACAGUUAAAAUAUCAUGGAAUUGGAUUUUAGUUGAAGAUCGUGUUUCAAAAACGCCGUUUGAACGGUUUUUUUCAAACAAAAAAUCGCAAAAAUGGUCUCGAAGCGAAAAUUAUCAUUUCGAUACGCUUUGAAUGCUUUUAAAAAAAUCGUAAGAUGAGAUAAAGAGGUUUUGGUGGAAGUAUAAGUGUUUUGGAAGAAUUUAUAACUGAUUUUGAGCUGAAUGAAACUGAAAAUUAGAGUUUGUAGUUGGUAAAUAAGAAAUGAAGAUUUUUCGUUAAUUUAUUUUUACUUGAAAUAUGAUAAAAAAUAUUCAAAAAGGUUUCAUUUCAUUUCAAGGACGUCAUGUCAGUGAUGCAUAUGGUGAACAAGUUUUGCAUUAAUAUAUUGUGAUUUUUUUUUCUGCAAGAGUUAAUCUUUUUUGAAAGGUUCACUUAUCAAACUUACGCCGUUUUCAAAAAGAUUCCGCGAGAUACAAAAUAGCCGUCAGAGAAAGAGAAAGCUAAAUUUUGAAGAGUCAUAGAUAAUUUCACCGAUUCGCGGAAAUUUCCUUGAACCGCUUCGCGACCGUGACGUGUCCUCGAAACGGCGAAGUCGUGGCGACCGGCUUUUAAGUACAUUUCAUCUUUUUGCCGAAUUCAGAAGCUGGCAGAAAAUAUGCAGACAACCGAAGAAUGGACUGCUCAAGCCGCCAAGAAAAUCUCUGAUUUGGUUUUCAAAACACUGAGGGAGUCAUGUUCGGCGACAUUUUUUUUGAACACGGGAAAAAUGAAUUUUUUCAGUCAAACGUGUGGUGAUUUGGCAAGAAUUCGUCUAUGAACUGGGCGCCAUCGAGCAUUUCGACUUCAAGAAGUAUAUCGUUCUGGGAGAUUUAGAAAAUAGUGAGUUGGAUGAAAAAUAGAGGAAGGGAUGAGGAUAAUUUAAAAAUAAAAUUUUGAAAAAUUGGAGGUAGCUUGACAGAGUUUCUUGACUUGACCGGAUUCUAAUCGUAAAAAAUACGGUUGAGUCUUAUUUUUUUUUCCUGCACUGUUUUCUCCCCGGCUAAGCUCUCCUAUUUACGAACUAUUUCGUGACGAGGGAAAAGAGACGCAGACAAGUGAGACUGCUCAAAUUUGUGACCAAAGAACCGUUCGGAAAAUAUACGAAUAAACGCUUUUUUGACCAAAACUUACUUGUAAGAUAAUAAAUCUUUCUGAAACCUUCUGAGGCUGUGAUGGCGGUUACUUAUAACACUCUGGUCAAACUUCAAUUCGCAGAAAGAAAAAAAUAGCUUUAUAUGCUUUUGAAAAGAUUGAGCUCCAUAGGAGGAAUUUGUGAGCGAAAAAUGUUUCGUGUUUUUCUGUUGCUUUUGUAUAAGGUCAAAAAUAUUUCCGCUGAUCGGAUUCACAAAUAAAAGGGAGCUGAUUUUUUUUUUUCAGAAACCAAAGCUACCGAAAUCUUCAAGACUAUGCUGGAAGCAACUCUUCUCAACAUUGAAAAAGUUCUCGAAACUAUUGACAGUGAUUGGAUGCAAGAGAACAACUGCCAGUGUCUGGAAGCGAUUCCCGAAAAAUUGAGGGUAAUCGAGUCUUUUCGAUACUAAGUUUAUUGUAUUGGAGAGCGGGAGAAAAAUUUAAGCUAUUUUUUAAAAUUUUAAUUUGUAUAGAUACUUUUUUUGUAUAUAUAGAUACAGUUUAAGUUUAAGUGUACAGUUUAAACCUUUUUAAAAGCGAAAAAUUUGAUUUAUUGGCGGGUCUUAAGAUAGUUUUAGGGCGGCCUGGCCCGGGUUCCGGGUCUCGUUUUUGAGAGAAGGCCUACGCGGGCGUGGGCCAGGCUCAGCCUCGCAUAACAUUUUUGAACGCUAUUAAAGAAUUUUUAUUCUAAAUCACAAUUUUUUGUACCAAAAAACGCUUUUUACUUGUUAAGUUAUAGUUUUUGUUGAAAUCCAAGUGGAAAAAGAACCGAACACGUGAUUUUUGUUAUAGAAAAGUCUGAAAUUUGACUCUGAAAACGUGAUUUUUGCAGUAGAAAAGUCUGAAAUUUGACUAGAAAACUUGCGAUUUUGGGUCAUGUCGGCCUUAUUUGCUGGAGGCCCCGCUAAGGUUGGGCCGGCUCUGGCUUAGAGAAUGCCCGGGACCUAUAGGCGGAAGGGUCGGUCCUCGUGAAAAGCACAAAAAAGCUGAACUUUAUAUUUGAUAUUUUAAAGAUUUUACCUCAGACAUUUUGUUUUUGUUAUUUUUUGAUUCGUGAUCUCAACCAAAACAUGACAUGUUGUUUUUCCCAUCUUUUUCCACGUUUUGAGAAUUUUGUUUCGCAAUUUUGUUUCGAAAAUAGAGUGUUUAGUUUCUGUCGAAAGAGCUAUAAGAAAUGAUGUUUGAAGAUCAAACUCGAAAUUUUGUACUCAAUCCUUUUGGAGGCUAAUUUUACGCGCCGCGCGUUUCUAGGAACGUGUGACGUCGAAAACAAGUGCGUUGCCCGAAAUUAAUGACGAAAGGUGGUAACGAUACGUUUCCUUCAAAAAUGAGAAACAAAGCGGGAAUUUCUAUUCAUCGUCAUAGAAACUCUUUUCUAGGUUUUGGAGCUGUUAUGCUAAUCAUGUGACCAUAAAUCCUUUCUAAAUGCAUUAGACAAGGAGAGAGCGUAGAGAAAUCAUAAGAAUUCAAGUUUAGACUAAUAAGGUGUAGAGAAGUACGGAGAAGCUUUUCAGGCUUGAUUUAACUUUUAGGACUGCUUUACGACGUUAGAUUUUUCGGUUCCUUGAAAAAAAAAGCUUGAAACAUAAGGAAACUACUCAAAAAUGGUUGAAGCUGAUUUUUGGCUGUUUUUCUUAAGUAUGAGUCCGAAUUUGAGUGAAUUUAGCUAUAAGAUAUUUCCGCGCGCAAGUAGUUUUCAGUCCGGAGCGAUGAGAAAGUUGAAAAUCUCUUAUUUCGCUACGAAUUUUAAGAUAACCGCUUCACAAUGACGUUUCAAGUCCUGGCGAAUAUAGCGUAUUCUUGAACUGAUACUUGUUCUAUUCUUCUAUCGAUUUUAUUAUCAAAACCAAAAAACUGAUGCAAUAGUUGUAGGCUCAAAAUAGCAAUCUAAGAAAAAAAUAUAUUCGAUACAGAAAAAAAUUUGUAAAAAAAUAUAGUUGGCUAUUUUUUUAAAUUUUUUUCCGCAGAUUCUUCUAAAUUUUUUUGUCUUUUUCGCCUGUCUGUACGGCUCUACGAUUUUCUCAUGAUUCAUCAUCACCGUCUUUUUUUCAAUUUUUUUUCUCGGCGCAUUUUCCGAAAUACUUUUGUAUGACAUUUUCGAGCCGAGAUCUGCGUAUAUAAACCGAAAGAAACGGUCAUCGUUUCAUUUUUUGUCCCUUGUCAUCUUUUUUUUUUCUUCUUUCGUUGACUUCAUAAUUUUUAUUUCGCUUUGGCUCAAAAAUUUACACGAAGGAGUUAGAUAAAACGAUUCUUUCAACCUUAAAAAAAUAGAUUUUUUUCUUUUUUCGAGUUUCAUGAAUUUUUUUCUCCAUAAAAAAACCAAGAUUUAUCAUGCUUUUUUUGUUACGAAAUAUUUCUCAAAAACUUAUUGAAAAACAAAAAGUUUCAUACGAUUCAUAUAUUCCAUUCACUCUUGACAAACAUUGCUAGAAAAAAAAAAGCCUAAACCUCUUAUCUUCGCACACUUUCUCGCUAACCGUGUGAAAACCAGAUUUUAUUAAUUCAAUUGUGAAUGGACUGUUAUUCCGAAUAUUUCAAAAUUGUUGCAGGAGCUCAAACAAUUGAUCAAAAAGAACCCGAUGUCUGAUCCUGAAUCGUCGGACUCGGUGGAAUCUUGGGACGAAUGGAAGCUGGACUCUAUCGAACAGAUCACCGGUCUCAAGAAAUCAUGGUCAACUUUCUAUUUUUCUAAAUCUGAAAUUUUCGAUUUUUCAGCUGCAAGUCCCACGAUGCUUGGACCAUGCCGGGCACCGGGAAGAAAACUGUGACGAAAAGUGGACUGAAGCUGCAGGUCCAGGUGGAUGGCAAACUCCGGACUCUCGAAGGGAUUUGCAUCAAGAAUGGAGCCAACAAUGGGGAGAAGCACGAGGAAACGUCUCCGGAAGACCUGGCCGCCGAGCUCAAGCUCCAAGCUCUUCAGGAGGAGAAUCGAGCCCUGCUCGCUAACCUCACUGAGAGUUUCACCGAGAAAAAGACCAGCGGCCUGUCGGAGGAACAGAAAAAUGAGCUCAAGAAAUUGGUGGGUUGUAGGUGGAUCUUGGCAAGAAUUGGAUACAGAGUUACACCUUUUAUCCCCUAGUUGAGAGGAAAUUCUUUGACUUCGGAAAUCCUUAAGUUAUUGACCUACAAAGAUGCUGAAAAUCAAAGCUUCAAAGUCAAAGAAAAUCAAAAACAGGUUUAAUGAACCACUUUUAGAAUUGUAGCUCUUCUUUUUUGACAUUGAGACUUCCAGGAUUUCUAUCCGCACACCAAAAUGAAACGUUUUCAGAAAAUAAAUGGCCGUUAAGUAGAACGGCCUUUUUUGUAAGAAGCGCUCUCACGCGCCGUAUGAGUCAACAUAGUGCCGCGAUUUCUCAACUUUAGAAAGCGUAUUGUCUCCUUUUUUAGUCGUGUUUGAUCUCUCUUUUUGACGGUUAUGGCCAAAAAUCUGCCUAGGAAAUAGUCUAAAUUCAUAUUAUGAGUAGAAUAGGAUCACUAGAAGAGAUUCUGAAACAGAUUUUGAAAUUAAGAUCGGAAAAUGCUUAAUUUUGAGCCUAAGGAUUGGAGGUGGAGGAUUGGAAAGGCAGCCCUUGCGAUAGAAACGAUUCAUUCACUUACUAUUGAAAAAGUAAUUUCUGCUUUUGGGCGUUUAUGGCUUGGCAGGCAGGGGGCAGCCAUCCUCCACCUCUGCGAAAGAUUAUUCAUUUUCGAAGGUCUUUUAAAGACCUCCGUUUUUUUUUCACUGUGUAUUUCAAGCAUAUAUUUGAAAUUAGCGAGAAAAUCCACAUUCAAUGAAGUCGUUCUAGUUUUUUUUUAUUAGCGAGCUCUUUUCCAGAUGAAAACCCAGCACAACUACGUCUAUCCUCCUCUGCCCAAGCCGGGCAUUAUUAUGGUUCCCACCGGCGGCCUGGCGCGUUGUCGCUGCAAGAAAGACUGCAAGUUCGAGAUCAACGAGGUAGCCAAAAAAAAAAAUAGCCAAUGAACAUCUUGCCACGAAAAGCUUUCCCAGUUUCUUUAAAAUCUCGGUUUUUGGCGUUUUAUAAGUCUUACGAAACUAAAACAAUACAAAAAAACGACUUUUCGCCUCUUUUCUUCCCUAAAAUUAGCCCAUGCGCAUCGAAAAGCUAUUUAGAAUCGACUAAAAUGAUGAUUUUCAGCCCGCCAUGGCCUACUUUGAACGUUUCAACGAGCCUCGCCUUGCCGUCUGGGAGAAGACCAAGCAGAAAAGAAGCAAAAAGAAUUGA